CGUGCGGUCCGGGCCUGGCCUGUCACAGUGGAGCCCGGUGCAGAGGUGGCAUGGAGGCGGCCAUUGCUAUGACACUUCCCGGGAGAGGGGCAGGUACCGCCAAGGCAGGCUUUCCCGCCGCCGCUCGGGUCCGGAGGGAAGCUUCUCAGGACUUUUCCUGACAAAAUGGCAGGGAAAAGCCAAAGCUUUCAACUUCCAGCUGUAAUGCAGCCUACAGUGGAUAACCAUGGACAUCCAUUUGGGAAUGGUAUCAGUUCUGACAGUGAUGUCUUGGAAGAUGAAACAGAGGUGUAUGAACUGCGACCCAGAGGAAGGGAGAAAGUCCGUCAAAAUACAUCACGAGAGAGAAUAGAUGAUGUUAUAUUUAUAACAAAGGAUAUACAGGAAGGAGACACUUUAAAUGCAAUAGCUCUUCAGUAUUGUUGUUCAGUGGCAGAUAUCAAAAGGCUGAAUAACCUUAUCACAGAUCAGGACUUCUUUGCACUAAGAUCUAUUAAAAUUCCAGUGAAGAAGUUCAGCGUAUUGACUGAGACACACUGCUUUCCAAAAAGCAGGCAGGUUUCAAGAUCUGCCUCUACUUCAUACUCUGCUGAUUACCCAGAUGCAACCCAAGUUCUUGAAAACACCACUGAGACUGUUGGUAACUUCUUGAAAGUAGUGGAUCGUGAUAUAGAACAAAUAGUGAAAUGUAAUGCUACAAAAAGAGAGAAUCUUAAUGAAGUUGUUUCGGCCUUAUCAACUCAACAGCCAAGCUUUGAAACAGAAGACCCUCAAAAGUCAAGUCAAGUGACCCUCAAGAAUGGCAUGCUAGUUGUAAUACUUUACCGUUCAAGCCCUUUAUGACCUGGAGACCACAUACUUGAAGGACUUUCUCCCUGCAUGUUCCCGUGUGGAAGCUUCAUUCAUCCUAGUAGGGUUUGUCUGUACCUCCUUCCUUGUCAAGUAAUGUUUGGCUACGGUUUGAGCUCAAGCCCUUUCACUGGCCCCUCCAUGCCUCUUGCACAGCUUCCCAGAAGAGGUCUUGGAGGCUCCAACCCUCCUAGUUUUCCAACUAGGCUACAAACCAGAACCAUUCCAGAGAGCUUUUGGGGCAGAGUGGAAGGACAUGUUUUCAGACCUGUUUUAAUGAUUAAUAUCUAUUCUUAAUAUUUUUCUAAAAUUGCUUUUACUCUGUGUUUGCAGUGACAUGUUAAGAUAAACUCCAUUAGCUGCAUUUGCUUUCUUUUAAUAUGGGACACUGCUGUACAUACUGCUGUUUUCCAAAAUAUUCUGUGGUGAACUAGGAGACAAUCAUUGUGUCUGAUGAAUCAUUUAUUUGGCAAGAAUUACAAAGAUAACCUCAUUACCUCUCUUCUGAAUAGUCUGAUUUGGCUAGGAGUGAUUUUGAAGUAAAAACUUAUAAUUAGAAAAAAAAUGGAAUUGUUAAACUUCUUAAACACAUAUUCCUGUAAAAGCUCAUGAAGUUCCAUUGAAACAGAUGGAGAAGUAUUUAGGAUAUGAUUGCUGGAUAUUACACGUGGUUGAUUAGGAAGUCAGCUAUUAAUCUGAGUAUACUACUCCAUAGAAACAGAUAAAAUAAGUAAAUCUUAUAUUUAAAUUGAUUAUUCUGUGGACCGCUAUUGCAAGUCUUCUGUGCAUAUUUAAAUCUUUUAUAAAUUUCAAAAUUUGUAAAAUGCUUAUGGCAAGAAUAUCUUUUAAAAUUGUAAAUCUCAAAAAAGUACAAAUUGUAAUAAAAUAUUUUUUCAAAUA